CGUGUGAUAAACACAACAUCUCGUUCAUAUUGUAAAUAUAAAAAGAACAAAAUUUCAUUUUAAACUAUCAUGAAAAACGUAUUAACUCUUAUAGCCGCUAUUUGUGCGAUACAUAUCAACGCAUCGCCCACUUCCAGGCAAGAACGCCAGGCCGAGGCCGGAUGCAGAUGGGACAAUGGGAACGAAGUCUUCGGUCUAGGAACGUUGCAUACUGAUGAUGCAGGGACGCUUGUCUGUGAAUGUAUGCAAAUCGGAGACGAGCCAUACGGCGCAUGGGAAUGUGUGGAUACAGAGCAGGUUGCUGCUGUGGUGGCAAAGAGUGAGUUCACUGAUGAAGAAGGUCAGGUGGAUAGUCAGACUCACUUGGAUGCGAUCGUGAAAGAUGUGCAGGACGGUGAUAAGAGCUCUUGAAUUGUGCGCUAGUUUACGCGCUUGCACUACAAUUUACGAGGUGGUGAGACAGUCCGUCUAAGAUCAAGUUUACGUACACCAGAAAAGCACAUUUGGUUGCGAGUGGCCAAAAAAAGGCCCAGACCGGAGGAGAUACUCUCAGCAUCUGUUUCGCUUGUCCGAAGCUAGCAGAAUAACAUUGCUCGGCUGUAUUCUCGGGAAUUGGACAUCUUGACGCCAAUUGUUAAACUUUAAAGGCGCGAUACACACGUUAAACGUCGUCAGAUGACAUGAUUGUGUCUUUAACUAUCGCUUCAAGAAUCAUGACUAUUAAGUCGUCGAUCAGUGGUGCGUACCGAAUGUUCAGAUUUAGUACAUUCCUUUAUACCAAACAAAUCUUAGACUUAGUGUAUACGUACAUAUAACGAAAUAAAAUUUAGAAUUAGUGUAUAUAUCCAUGAAUAUUGUGGCGAGAUGCUCUACAAACACCCGCAUGCUGUUCACAGUUGAUGGAAAAAAUCGAUUUUUCAGUGCAUACCACGAAUCGUCGUUUCCAUGUCGUACAGCAAUGUUGUGUGGCAGCGUGUGGUGCGAAAUAUCAAUUAAGGAUGGUCUGUUUGCGAGAGCCAAAUAGGCUGUGCUUAUCCAUACGAAUGAGAAAUAGUUGCGCGAAUAGCUAUAAUUAAAAAAUUGGUCUAAAAUA